UGUGUUUUAUUGUUUAUGCCUUUUAUUGAGGAUGGCAUAAAGAUCCAGUUAUAUACCUGUGGUUGCCAAGUGGGGCUAGCUCACUUGGUAGAGGCUCUUGCCUCUUAGUGGGAGGUCUUGGGUUCAAUCCCAAGCAAGGGUGAGUUAUUUGUAAAUAUAGUAGUUUGGGAGAGUAACGUUAGCCAUUCAAAAAAAAAAAAAAAAUAUAUACCUGUGGUCACUUUAAUGACAAAGAUCUAGUUAUAUACAUGUGGUCACUUUAAUGUGUUUUUUUACCAUUUAAUUCACAACUUCUAAAUACAGAAAUAUAAAAAUGAUACCCCCAAUUCAGCAAUUAAAAAGAAAUAUUCAAUUUCUGUGGAAUAUGCAAACCCAUAUUAAGUUACACUUGUGUGGAAUGCUUGUAAGUUUGCAUUUUAAACAUCUUUUCUUAUUUUUGUAGACCCGUUGGAGGUGGGAUCCAGCAAGCGAGCAACUCAUACAUGAAGGGUUUAUUAACGUGCUAAAGACACGUUAUAGUGACAUAAUGAGGCAUUUGAGAAUAACCUCCACAAGGAUGGCAUCAGUCGUUCGACCAGAUAUGGAUCCAAAAAAUUAUAUACAAUUUGACAUAAUUCGUGAUUAUCCGCCUCAUUCAAUGUCUCUUGAAGUAUGGCGUGAAUUGUGUAGGCGUUGGAACACAACUGGUUGGAUUAACAAGUCCAUUAGUGGGUCAAGAAACCGCAAAAGCGGUGAUACGAGUGGGAGUGGGAAGUCAUCGCGACACACGGGUGGAUCAAUGGGAUAUGCUGAGCGUCGUGCCCGAAUGAAAAGGAAAAUGAACGAGGAACCCAAUUUUAAACAAAUAUUUCUGGAAACCCACCUCACUAAAGAAUGCAAACAAAAAUUAUGGGACGGGGAGAUUGACAUAUAUAACUUGAAGGAAUUGAAGUUUUGUACGAAACGAGCCGAAAAAGUAUAUGGGGAUUAUUUGAGUGCGAUGGAAAAUGUUUACGGGCCGAACUUCAGUGAGUAUCCAGAUGACCCUGCGGUGUGGGCACGUGUGAUUGGAGAAGGUCGCACGCGUCGUGUAUAUGGGAUAGGAUCUUCGGAUCUAAAUUACUUGGUGACCGGGACAUCUUCUUCUGCCGGGUCUGCACCAUCGCAAGCAGAGUACCAACGGUCUCAAGAAGAGGCUCAAGUUAUGCGAACCCGAAUGGUUGAUUUUGAAGCUAGGGUUGAAGAAGAAAGGAAUCUAAUUGUAUCUCGUCUUGAAGAAGAAAGGAAUCUACUUGCAACUCGUCUUGAUGACGAAAGGAAAGCAAGGGAAGAACUUCAAAAACAACUUCAAGAGUUUAUGAAGAAUUGGCGUCCUCCCUCUAAUUAGUUGUAGUUUUUUUAUAUCUUUUUGGAAUUACGCUGAAUUGUAUUAGCUUACGGUUUAAACAUAUUGGAACUUGCGUUGUAACGCAUGAUUUUUGAAUUUAUGUCAUUGUAACUUCGGUGAAUUUUGUAAAACAGGUUUUGGUAUUGCAGAUUAUUUCUGAA